UGACUCUGCUCCCAUCUGGCCCCCCAAUCAGCUGUUCAUUGAAUUUUAUACACAUCAAUGAAAUUAUUUAACAUUUUGUGUUGUCGCAAAUUUUAUCAAUAAUGGCUCUGCGUCGUUGUCAUUUGAAUCCAAAGAAGACUCUUUUCCUACUAUGCGAUAUACAGGAGAAAUUCCGUCCGGCUAUGCCUCUGUUCGACAACAUGGUUAAAAAUGCGGACAAGUUGACUAAAGCCGGUAAGGCUCUGGAUAUGCCCUUGAUUGUAACCGAACAUUAUCCCGAGAAAUUGGGUAAAACUGUCGAGCAAUUGGAUGUGUGUCAUGCCAAAGUAGUUGUCAACAAGACACUCUUCAGCAUGAUAACGCCGGAGGUGAAGGCGGUGAUGAAGGAGCUCUUUCAGGAGAAGCCAGAUGAUGUAGUGCUUUAUGGAUUGGAAUCCCACAUUUGUGUGGAGCAAACCGCCAUUGAUCUGCUGGCACAGAAUAUCAAUGUCUAUGUGGUGGCCGAUUGUUGCUCAUCCCGUUUGAAUCAGGAUCGUGAUUUGGCCUUGGAUCGUUUGCGUCAAGCUGGCUGUGUGAUAACCACAAGUGAAAGUAUUAUAUUCGAUUUGGUGCGUGAUAAAAAUAAUCCAAAAUUCGAUCUAAUACGUAAACUGGUAUAUCCACCCUCCGUGGAUAUGGAAUUGAAACGUAAUGCAGGCAGUGGAGUGUCCAAAUUGUAAGGGAAAUCCAUGACUAUUGUUAAAAUUAAAUUGCAUUUCACAAAGAUGUAUGUGUAUGUGUGUAUAUAUAGAGAAUAAACAGAUAACAGUCAAUA